GGCUGGUUAUCGAAAGAAAUAAGUAAUUAAAAUCGAUGAUUUACUUAAAAUAAUGCAGCAGCUAGAAUUACAGCUGGCAGUUAAGCUGUGUCUUGCUGGUAGAUAGGUACUAAAAUCAACCCUUGUACCUAGGUACCUACCUACAUACAUGUACCUCUUACCGCAAGAUCCUUCCAGAACCGGCAGGGGUCUUGAAGACUCCCCAACAUGUCGUCCUCCCAUGGUCCUGCAUCAUCUUGUACGGUGCGAAUGGUGCCAGAGAAGAAUAUUUUCUAGACCUGAGUAUUUUGCUGCGGGCUGCACAAUGGCUUUCCAGCAGGUAUUUCUCUUUCUCCCACCAGCUACUUUCGUGACACAUACUUCGGUAUGCUGUCUGUUUAAAAUCCCCUGGUUUUUCCUCGAUUGUUUUCUCCUGUUGCUUCUCGUUUCCUCGUAUAAAUCUAACCAUAGACCGAUUUCAAUUAUUCACAUCUUGUUUCCCCUCUCUUCCAUUUGUCCUGUUUCCGUUUAAACGUUGUCGUCAUCCAGUCUGGUUUAAUUCGACUCCCUUCCUAUCUAAAUUUGUAUUGUGGUCAUCUAGAUAUGGCGUCACCUCGUUCGGACGAAGCCGUUAAUGGUUCUGUUGGGUAUGUAGUGUCUGCAAGCGCACCUCAGUUC